AUGGACCAGACGACGCAACAGCAAACGCGCCAGCGCGGCCUUAGCUUCCACAGCAACAAAAGUCGCGAAGCGCCCGGAAGUCCCAAGAGCGACAAGAAAGCCUCCAAGCACGAGCGCAAACAGAGCGAAAAGACCCACUACGAUAUCAAUACCAAAGCAAACCCCAACGCCGCCAUGGUUGAGUUGCAGCCCAUCGCUGCUGCGCUUGAGAAGCCCACGCUCCAGUCGCUCCGCUCGUUCCAGCACAAUGACGGCGCCGGAAACCCCAUUGCCGAUCCCGACCUUUCCAACCCCACUCGUUCGAGAUGGGAACGUCCGCUCGACACGAUCCGCUCAUUCGAAGCCGCCAUUGACGGCGAAUACAGACGCCGCGCCCAGUCGAUGCGUGUCGACCAGUCCGAGGUCAUGAGCACAUAUGGAAGCCGCCGAAGCAGUUACUAUGGCGGCGGCGGCGGCAACGGAGGUGGAUACAACGAUCAGAGUCGUUUCUCGACCAACAGCGGCUAUUUCCCUCACAAGCAAACACAACGCGACAGCUACGUCGACGGCUACGCUCACGGCGGACCUGUUGGCGGCGGGCCGCCGCCUCGCAUGCGAUACGGAAACCGGAUGCAAUCCGACCCAACCUUCAACAACCGACAAAGUAUGCAGGGUGUAUACCCAAUGAACGGAUACCAGCAAUCGCGCGACACGGUAAACACCAAUGGCUCAAACGGGAGUCACAGCGACGGUCCCUACUCGAAUGACCCCAGCAGCGAGAACAGUUCGAUUGAGCGCGGCGUACCCGUCCAGCCACCGCAACCAGACCUGGGCUCACAAUACGGCUUCAAUGGCUUUGGACGAGGUCCUAUCAUGGAGGAGCAAGCCGGGCCCGGCUACUUUACACAACAACCGUCGCAAAACGGCAUGCCCUCGCAGAAUGGCGCGCCACCACCAGUGCCAAAACACGCGACUCCGGCAGCUCCUAUCAAACUAGGCGGCUCCGGGCCCCCUGUGACGGAACAAAGGCCGACUACGCUAUCCAAGAAAGGCAGCGAUGCCGGGGAAAAGAGGAAGAGCUGGUUUAAGAGACGGUUCAGCAAAGACUAA